AUGCCUUCGGUCAAGUCUCCGACCAGCGAGGAGCAACUUGGUGGCCAAUUCUUGGGCGGGAAUACUCAAGCGCGUACGCGUCUUCUCAAGCCGCUCAAGUACAGUGGCAGUUUGGAUAAUUUCAAGCACCAAGAUUUGACACCGGUGAUCGGUCGUGAAUAUGAAGGCCUACAAGUGAGAGAUCUUCUAACAAGCAACGAUGACACUAUAAGAGACCUUGCUGUCACAAUCUCGCAACGGGGAGUGGUUUUUCUUCGUGAUCAAAAUGUUACGCCAACUGAGAUGAAAGAUCUGAUGCUGCGGAUAACAGAGCUGUCUGGAUGUCCUGAAUCGUCCGGCCUUCACAUUCACCCCUUGACAGAGGAGGGGAGUGAGCUCGGCGACCAAAUAUCCGUCAUCAGCAGCGAGAAGCAGAAGAAGGGCGGUGGCCUGACGCACCAGCUCUCGGACGUCAGCAGAUUUGCAUCGGCCGGAUGGCAUACCGAUAUCAGCUUCGAACCUGUGCCAUCAGACUACGCCAUGCUAAAGAUCCACACUCUACCGCCGACGGGAGGGGAUACUCUUUGGGCUUCUGGCUACGAGAUCUACGACAGGUUAUCGCCUGCUAUGCGAACCAUGCUGGAAUCUCUCACAGCGACUCAUGAUGCAACGUUUUUCCUCGAUGAGGCCGCACGCCUUGGGAACCCACUGAGGAAGGGCAUCAGAGGAAACGCGUUGAAUCAGGGAGACAGGCUGACAGCCAUCCAUCCUGUGGUCAGGACCAACCCUGUGACAGGUUGGAAAUCCGUCUACGUCAAUAAGGGCUUCACCAAGAGAAUCAACGGAGUAACCAAGGAUGAGUCUGAUCUCCUACUGGGCUAUCUCUUUAACAUAGUCACGCAAAACCACGACGCUCAGGUUCGGUUCAAGUGGCGAGCGAACGAUCUAGCCAUAUGGGACAACCGUUCCAUGUGGCACUGCGCUACUUAUGAUUAUGUGGAGGCUCGCGCCGGUGAUAGAGUUUGUAGUCUUGGGGAAGCCCCGUAUCUGGACUUGACAUCAAAGGGCAGGAGCGAGGACCUUGGCUUCAUGUAA